CGGCAGACUUAACAGUAGGAAAUUCUUGGUUCAUUUUUCGCAAAAUCAAGCUUUUAAAUUGCGAUUUUGAACGAAGAAAGAAACAAGGAAAGAGAAAAUGGCUGAUGGGAACACAGCUACCUGCCUCGACAUCCUCCUUGCCAUCAUUCUCCCACCUCUUGGUGUCUUCCUUAAGUAUGGUUGCAAGGUAGAGUUCUGGAUCUGUUUGGUGCUUACCAUUUUUGGAUAUAUUCCUGGAAUUAUCUAUGCUGUCUAUGCUAUUACCAAGUGAUUCUACCCUUAUAAUUCAGCUUUUGUGGACAAUGAACAGUUGUUAAGGGCGUGUUCAUGUCGAUCGCUCAGCCUUGUUAUUGGUGUUCGUGUAUAACCGUUUGAUCUCUGUAGACAAAAGUGAUACUUUUUUUUUUCUCCCUCAGUGUCAAUGUUGCUUUUUAUUGUCGUGUAAACUCUACUGUAUUAUGUCUUAUGUGGGAUGAGGUAUGGGCAUUGCAG